GUGAUGAAUGCAGUUCAGUGAAUGUAACAGCCACAAAUACGGAAAUACAUAUCCAGAAACCUCCCGACUUCACAAUAAGCAAUGUAACUUUUACAAAUGGGACAGUGGCUAAGCCUGGACCACUGAAUGAGUCGAUAUCUGAUCUUGAACCUGGAGUACAGUAUAUUGUAUAUCUUCAGAAUAUUACCGAAAUAUGCUGCGAAAAUAUUACCACCGUGCCCAGUCGUGUCACUGACAUCCAUUUUAGCAACAUCACUACCACAACCAUAAUUUUAACAUGGAACAACAAAGAUCAAAAUGCUCCUAAUUACAGCUACACGAUAUCAGUUGCUGGAAAUGGCUCUAAUAAGAUGGCAACCUCAAAUGACGUCACUGCAGUAAUUAGCAAUCUGGAACCUGGUACAUUGUAUACAUUCACAAUAUAUCCACAGUUUGCCGGAACAAAAGGAGAUGCAAAUAGUAACUCCACCUAUACAAAGCCCAGUCCAGUCACUGACAUCCGUUUUAGCACCAUCACUACCCAAGCUGUAAAUUUAAUGUGGAACAGCAGUGAUCGAAAUGCUGCAAAUUACAGAUAUAAAAUAGUAGUUGAUGAUGACUCCAAUAGGACGGAAUACUCAAGUAACACCACUGCUGUAAUUAGCGACUUGGAACCUGGUACACUGUAUACAUUCACAAUAUAUCCACUAGUAGCUGAAAUGGAAGGAGAUCCAAAAAAUGAAUCCACCUAUACAAAGCCCAGUCCAGUCACUGACAUCCGUUUUAGCACCAUCACUACCCAAGCUGUAAAUAUAAUGUGGAACAACAGUGAUCGAAAUGCUGCAGAUUACAGAUAUAGAAUAGAAGUUAAUGGAGAUUACCCCAAUAGGACGGCAUACUCAAGCAACACCACUGCAGUAAUUAGCGACUUGGAACCUGGUACACUGUAUACAUUCACAAUAUAUCCACUAGUAGCUGAAAUGGAAGGAGAUCCAAAAAAUGAAUCCACCUAUACAAAGCCCAGUCCAGUCACUGACAUCCGUUUUAGCACCAUCACUACCCAAGCUGUAAAUAUAAUGUGGAACAACAGUGAUCGAAAUGCUGCAGAUUACAGAUAUAGAAUAGAAGUUAAUGGAGAUUACCCCAAUAGGACGGCAUACUCAAGCAACACCACUGCAGUAAUUAGCGACUUGGAACCUGGUACACUGUAUACAUUCACAAUAUAUCCACUAGUAGCUGAAAUGGAAGGAGAUCCAAAAAAUGAAUCCACCUAUACAAGACCCACUGCAGUUACUGACAUCCGUUUUGGCACCAUCACUACCCAAGCUGUAAAUUUAAUGUGGAACAGCAGUGAUCGAAAUGCUGCAGAUUACAGAUAUAGAAUAGAAGUUAAUGGAGAUUACCCCAAUAGGACGGCAUACUCAAGCAACACCACUGCAGUAAUUAGCGACUUGGAACCUGGUACACUGUAUACAUUCACAAUAUAUCCACUAGUAGCUGAAAUGGAAGGAGACCCAAAAAACAGAUCCACCUAUACAAAACCCAGUCCGGUUUUUGAUGUCCGUAUUAAAAACUACAACACAACAGCAGUACUUCUGAUCUGGAAUAACACCGAUGCGGCUCGACAUGGGUACAUGUACGCAAUAGUGACCGGAGGACGAGAGGUCAAAACAGUCAGAGAUACCACUGCGACCGUUGGCGAAUUAGAACCUGGUACUAAUUACACAUUCGAAAUAUAUUCAGAAGCAGGAGACGGUGAAACUAGAGGUGAUCCAGUUAGUACAAGCAUCUAUACAAUUCCUAGUUCUGUCUUCAACAUCACAGCAACGGAUAUCAGCUCGGUAGCAGUCAGUUUAUCGUGGGUAAACAUGGAUAUAGCUUCUCACACAUACUCCUACAGAAUACACAUUAGUAGAGAAAAUGGUACUUACGAGGACGAUACAAGCCGAAGCACCCAUGCUACAGUUUCACAGUUAAUGCCUGGUGUUAAUUAUACAUUCAACAUAUACUCAGUUGCAGCAGAUAACACAACUGAAGGGACUCCAGACAGCAUAAGCCUUUUUACAAAACCCAGUGCUGUUUCUAGCAUCACUGUUAAAAAUAUCAGCACCAUGGAAGUAAUUUUAAGUUGGAGUAUUAAAGAUGCAGCUGCUUCUGGAUACACUUACAGAAUAUACGUAGAGAAUGUAAAUUUUACUGGUGAGAACUUCACUGAGACAACCUCAUUCAAAACUGUUUCCAUUCAGAAGUUAAAGCCAGGCACCUCUUAUAACUUCUCAGUCUUUGCACAAGUGAAUAAUGGCAAAACUGAAGGACACUCCAGCAGCCUAUCUGUCUGCACAGUUGCAGGACGAGUGUAUACACUGAACUGUCUACCAGUGCCUAAGCAGCCAGAACUGAAUCUAAGCUGGCUUCCUCCCGAUGGCAUUUUUAAUAGCUUCACAAUUGAGAUCUCAAACGGUACCGGUACUUUAAUCAGAACGAAAGAUUACAGCUCAGAAGAUCAGGGUGCCCUAAUAAAAGAUCUGAGUUAUUUUGUCAGCUAUACUGUCAGGAUUGUCACCCAUUCGUGUGGGGAAUCGAGCUUUCCUCCUCAGGAAAAAACAUGUCUUACAAGUAUCACUGACCCUCCAGUUCCCUCUCAAAAGCCUGCUCUGGAGCCAACUAGCCACAAUUCUUUGAAAGUUCAGUUCAGCCCUUUCAAUUCCAUUUAUGGACCCUUAAAAGCAUAUGCAGUAAUAAUUACAUCAAAAGAAAUGAAAUGCAGCAAUGAGUCCUUGACAGGCACCUAUCAGGAUUUUGCGAAGGAAAAAACAGAUUCUUAUGUCGCAUAUGUCAAAGAUGUGCAAAAUUCCUCUAACGCUGAUGAUUAUGAUAUUGAAAUAGGAGAUGGAUCAACCAGUCAUGGCUAUUUCAAUGGGAAGCUGCGUCCCCUUGGCUCCUAUAGGGCAUGUGUGGCUGGUUUCACUCGUAUCAUUUUUACUGAUGACUCUAUCAGUUCAAGGGAAAGUUAUGUCUCAUUUUCGGACUUCUCUGGAUCUGUAGACUUACCCCAAAAUCCAGAUGUUAUCACGGGAGCCGUUGUUGGAUGUAUUCUGGGUGCUGCUCUUGUCGCCGCAAUAGUGGGUUUCAUCUUUUGGAAAAAGAGAAGGAAAGAUGGAAAAAACAAUGAGGUGCCAUUUUCUCCAAUUGCCAUUUUAUUGUUACAGUACAGAUACAAUAGCCUCUGCCCCUUUUUGGUGACGUUUAAGUAUAGGAAAGGGCAAAAACUGGGAAAAUGCAGUUUGGUUCGUGGUGUGCCCGAUUUGCAAACUGUGAAACUUCAUGAACUUAUACAUGUCAAACGAAACCGUUCCAUUCAUGAGGACCUCAGACCAGUUGGUGUUAAUCAACCCAAAUUUGCUGCUGAACUACCGGAGAACAAAGGAAAAAACAGAUACAACAAUGUGUUGCCAUAUGACAUUUCUCGUGUUAAACUUUCAUUCCAAAACCACCCAGCCAGUGAUUACAUUAAUGCGAACUAUGUCCCUGGAUAUAAUUCUAAGAAAGAGUUCAUUGCAGCACAGGGCUCUUUGCCAAAUACUGUCCAAGAUUUCUGGCGCAUGAUCUGGGAAAAAAAUAUUCAUACCAUUGUUAUGCUGACUAAAUGCAUUGAACAAGGCAGGACAAAGUGUGAAGAGUAUUGGCCAAAUAAGCAGUCUAAGAAUUAUGGGGACAUAACUGUAGCCAUGACCUCAGAAAUUGUCCUUCCAGAAUGGACAAUCAGAGAUUUCUCCAUGGAAAAAAGCGAUUCAUCAGUAAGUCACCCUGUGCGACAGUUUCACUUCACUGCCUGGCCAGAUCACGGUGUUCCAGAAACAACGGACCUCCUCAUCAGCUUCAGACACUUAGUGCAGGACUAUGUGAAGCAGAACCCACCCUCUCCUACUUUGGUACACUGCAGUGCUGGUGUUGGGAGGACUGGAACUUUCAUUGCAAUUGACCGUUUGAUCCAUCAGAUGGAGAUGGAGAACACAGUUGACGUGUAUGGCGUUGUAUAUGAUCUCCGAAUGCAUCGGCCUUUAAUGGUGCAGACAGAGGAACAAUACGUCUUUCUAAACCAAUGUGUUAUGGAUAUUAUUAAAUCCAAGAAAGAAAAGAAAGCAGACCUGAUCUAUCAAAAUACAAAUGCCAUGGCAAUCUAUGAGAAUUUUAGACCAUCGCCACAUCUUGGGAAGGCAAAUGGCUACCACGUGUAACAAGUUAUACGCUUCUACCAUGUAUAGGAAAG